UCGUCCGUGAAGUUCCAAUAUAUGAAGGAUAUUGUUGUCACGAAAAACCAAAUGAAGUGAUGAUAUAUAUCUUGACAAAAGUUUACUGGCCUAGACUACUUUAAUCGGUGAAUUUUUAAAUGGAGUUGAAUUUCAUGGAUAAGUAAAUCACAAGUUUAGGUUUAAUGUAAUUGGCUGUUCUAUGCAUGAUUUCCUCGUUUCGCUGUAAGUUAAUUGACAUGAUGCAUAAUGGUAGAGUAACUUUGCACUUGGAGUCUAAAAAUACACUUACUGCUUGGAGUAAAGCAUGAAUUGUGCAUGACAUUAUCUCACGAAAUUCGUCUUCUUUACCUUUUAAAAAUUUCCCCUUUAUAUUAAUCGCAUUUUUAAUAAAAGACAAUUGGAUUGCAGAAAUAGCUAAGAACAAACUAAAACGUUCCUCGCUGGGAAUAUUGUUUGGUUAUUACACGGAAUAACGGUUUGUUUUGGUUUUGCUAAUAAGUUGUACGUUAUUAGCCUUAAAUGGCGUUUGACGUCAUGAGACUGAAUACAAACCACAAACCAAGUAGUUUUAUAAAGGAGUUKCAUUUGUUUUCCUUUCGAACAGCAUGAAUGAGAACACGAGGGAAAAAGUCACUUAAGUCUUCAGAAUUGAUUGAAGACAGGUGUAGUCUAGAUCAAGAUUAAACUUUGUGUGGAUGCCAAUAAGCGCAUUAUCUUCCUCGCGUCGUGGUGUGCGUGCAAUUCUUAGUYGAGAAGUGAGAAKUGGGGCAGAUCAUGUCUAGUUUUUUAAACGAUACGAUCUUUGCUCAAACGACGACGCCUUUUCCUCUCAAUAACAGCCAACUCGAUAAUGGAACAACGAGUGCCAUCGCUACCAAAGAAAGACCAACUUGGUACUGGAUUAUAAGGGGGUUGUUUGCAUUUGUGACUAUUUUGGGAAAUGGUCUUGUUAUUUAUAUYAUUUCCUCUCGGCGACGUCUUCGAUCUCAGCCUUCCCCAAAUUGGUUCAUACUCUCUUUGGCCGUAGCWGACUUUUUCGUUGGAGCCUUCAACGCGCCUGCCUUCUUCAUUUACUCGUUCUACGUGAAGAAUGAACAGGAUGUCUUUGCAGGUCUCCAGUUCUUCAUGAAUAUAUUUCUGAUUGCUUCAAGUACAAAUCUCUGUGCUUUGACACUAGAYCGUUACAUUGCAGUAAUUCACCCCUUCAAGCACUCCAACUUUGCCAAAGCAUCGUCCUGUGCAAUUACCAUUGCWGUGGCAUGGAUUCUKCCAAUUCUGCAGCGAAUUCCAUAUCUAGUGCUCAAGAUCGUAAAYCCACCCAGUCARCAGCAGCAGUUAGGAUACUAUCAGAUCUUUUAUAUAUUUGGYUUCAUCUUGUUACCCAAUGUCUUUGUUUUGGUAGCGUACAUUCGGAUUAUAUUCGUGGCGAAGGAGCAUCGAAAGCAGAUUCGAGCCCUGACAGGUCACUGCGAAUCAUCGACUGGAGUCAGCAUGGAUUCKACGUCUACKAACUCCGGCAGCUCACGAAGCGAGCAAAAAAGACGCUUGCACAACUCAUAUAACGGGACAAUUGCUGUAGGAGUCGUUGUAUUUAUUUUUCUAGUAUGUAAUGGGUUUCUCUGUUAUUGGCUAAUUUGUUUUUAUCUAAUWCCUAAGUGUAAGGAAACUGAAUCUUCAAAGUUGUUUAUCUCAAUGGUGCUGUUGCGAUACGUAAAUUCGGCGCCAAACUUUUUUGUUUAUUCUUUGAUCAAGUCUGACUUUCAGCGGGAACUCAGACGAAUGCUGAAACGUCAAUAGCUCACAGAACUUCUACUUGGUACUGAUCAGUACUCAGUAUUGACUAUGUCAUGUAUCUUGAGCAGACCUUGUAARACAGAAAUGUCAACAUAUCGGAGUUGAACCGCAGACCAAAGUAUCUACAUAUCUACAUAUCUGGCUACUGUUAUAUUAAAAUGUAUCAGGAAUUCCAUUUAGAUUGCGUGCUGUAAAUACAAAUGCCACAGAACUAAUAUCGCUCUAUUUGUUUAGUAGAAAUUGAUAAUAAGAAAGCAACGCAAUAUAUUUGAGUAGUGAGAUUGUAAACAUAGCUUAACAGAGUUAUUGUGUCAUUUUAAUAAAAAACAUUUCUUCUUUUCGGAAGCACACUCAACAAGAGAAAACAUAAUUUGUCAUUGUACGAGGCAUAAAUUGUAAGUAGGUAAAUAAGAACCCAUUAAAAAUGUUCUAACGCU